UCUCUUCACAUCUAUCCCCUGGCGGCCGCCCAUCCACAUCUAUCCACCGGCGGCAACAAAGCUAACUUGAUCGAAUUGCAUCUUCCAGCCGCCGCCGCCUCCUAUCCUGAAGUAUACGGAUGGCGACCGACGACGGAGCCGAUGGGCUAGAUCCCUUGCCGCUGCCCGACGACUUCGAUGACAUCCUGCCCUUGCUCAACAACAUGGCCGACUUCGACAAUGCUGAGGACCAGCAGCCUUCCUGCAGCCACAGUUUCUCCGCCGACGGUCUUCUUUACUGGCCAGGGAUGGUUGGCAACUACUCCACCGGUGUCGCUCAGCCUAACGGGCCAGUCCACGGUGACCCAUCGACGUCGGCCGUGCGCCAUGAGGAUGUGCAUGUGCUGGAUUGCAGCGGUUGUCAAUUGCUAAGAGAAGUCAUGCAUUCCAACGGGCUGGAGUUGAUGAAACUUCGCAUCCAUGGUGCUGCCGAUUUGUUCUACCAUGCAACGUUAGAGGUGUAUCGUAUCAACUCCGAGGGCCUGGCUACGGCAUUAGCGCACCAGUCCUUCGUCGAUUUCAGAGGCCGGGACUACGAGUUGGUGAGGCACUACCUGACCAACUACGCGCUGCAGCGAGCAGCCGGCAAUUACGCCGUGGAGCGCGACGAGCUCGCACCAUUCCACAGCGUCCUCUGCACCACCAUGAACCCAGGCAUCCAAGGUAACGAGCACCGUGGCCAUGAAGUAGCAGCGGCGAGAAAUGGUAGUGCCGAUGGACGACGGCUCAACGUUCUCGACAACGCUGCGCUACUCCAGCCUGCAAUCCGGAGAAACAAACAGCCAGAACCUGCAGGGCCAUCUCAACCAAAUCGUACCAUGGACCUGCAACUACGACAACCUUUGCAGCAGGUUGCAGGCAGGAGCGCACUUGCAUUGCAGAGGGAGAGAACCGCGAAGAUGCAGUUCCAGGACAUCGCACCAUACUUUCAUCUCCCCAUCGUCAAGGCAGGCGAGAAGCUCGGUAUCUGCACUACCGUUCUCAAAGGAAUCUGCCGCAGGGUUGGCGUAAAACGGUGGCCACAUCGAAAGGUGAAAAAAAUAGAUAGAGAAAUAACAAAACUCAUGAAGUCAGGUAAUGAAGCUUGGGAAAGGGAUGAGAUUGAGCGGUUGAACGCUGAGAGGAAAAGAAUAUUCUAUGGCCCCGAGUAGAAGGAUUGGGGAAUUACAGUUACAUUUUAUAUAUUUUUUGUGACAGCAUUGUACGCAUAAUUUGUUUGGGAGAAAUUAUAAUUUUUAGA